UUUAAGAAUACGCCAUGGAUGUUGAUGAUGAUGCGAUAAUGGAGAGUGAGAGGAGGAGGAGAAGAGGAUCAGAGCUCGUUCUCGCCUCUCCAUCUCCCUCCUCCAAAUACUCUCCUCGGUCGCUUCUCUCGCGCCUCCUCCUCCUCCUCCCCCUCCGCCGCGCGUCUCCUUCGUCGGCGGCGGCGGGGAUCGGCGGCGGCGGUGGUGGUGGAAGCGAGGGUUUCGGGUGCCGGGUGCGGAUCCCGGGGUAUUGCUCCGGUGGGAAGGAGACGAGGGAGAAGGGAAAUGGUGAGGGCGAUGGUGGUGAUGAUGAUGAUGAGGAGGAGGAGGAAGGAGAAGGGGGAGUGGAGGUGAGGGUUCCGUGUGAUCGGGAUCGAGCGGCGGAGAUUGAGGGAGGUGGGGUUGGUUCCGGCGAGAGUCGUAGUAAAGAGAUCUCCAUCUCCUCAGGACAUAAACCAGAAGAUGUUUGUUUGACUCUUGGUAUCGGUGUAAGUCUGGUCUUUCUUCUUACGAAGAGCGCGACCGAACUAAAUAAGAUAACAGAAUUACGAAGGCAGAUCGAAAUGCUGCUUGUGGACAUUAAGAAUCAGAUGCGAAAGAAGAAUGUUUCCUUCAGCAUCGAGGAGUCGAAUAAUGCGCCUAUGACUGGGUCGAGUAGUUUUGGAAAUAUUAACAGAGGCGAUUCUGUAGAUUACCAAGAGAACGGAUCAUCCCGCUGUUUGGAAUCAGUACACUGUGCCUUUAAUCCUAGUACAAAUCCAAAUUGUGGUAGUAUUAGAGUAAACCAAAGUAGCAUUGGAAUGGAUCAGAUAGAAGCAGAGCUUGAAGUUGAACUAGAACUCCUACAAUUCAGUCUGAAUGCCAAAAAUUCAGUGCAGCUUCCACCACAUGGAGAAUCGGAGCCGGAAAAUGGAAAGAGCAAUCUUUCUGAAAGCUUAUCUUGGAGUUGCGGAGACGACAGUGAGGUUAAAGAACAAAAAGCAGAAGAAAAAGAAAGCAUUCCUAAUUGUGGAGUUUCUGCACAUGAGCUAGAGAGGAGAUUGCAUGAGCUACUAGAAACAAGGCAGCAAGAACGAAUAAGAGAGCUCGAGUCAGCUUUGGCUUGUGCCGAAAAUAAUCUCCGUGAGAAAGAAAGAGAAAUAUACUGGUGGAGGGACACUGCGAGGCUGGUCUCACAACACAAGGAUGAAGCACUUUUAAGGUAAUGCUCAGGAAGGAGCUUACUAUCUCAAAAUGCUAGAAAGAAAAAUCAGCUUGAAGCAUUAGAAGUUAUCAAUACCAACUCAAUUUCCAUGGCUCAUGGGAGGAUUAUCUUGGGCGUAAGAUCAAAAGGCAAAACAAGUAACUGGCGAAGGUAAAUAUGCAAUGCAUUUCUACUGUGUAGCGAAAUCCUUUUGUUUAGUUUUGUUUAUUGGGGAGGGUAAGAUUCCAUGAGGUCUAUGCAAAGUAAGCAGUACCAUUUGGCAUUCUAGUGUUCUUUUUCCUGUUUAAUUAUAAAGUAAUCUUUGUUGAUUUGGUGCAUUGUCUCAUGCUUCCUCAUUGAAAAUCUAGCAUUGAACAACGUUAGUCGCCGUUAUUAAGCUUGGCUAGUUUUCCA